GAAAAUUUUAUCCUCAAAUUCAAUUUUUUGCAGAAAUCAAAAGGUAAACAAGGCAGCGAUAACAAAGGUGAUAAAAAGGUACUGAUAACACAAGGCAAUGAUGCGAAACAAGAGCGACAGAGAGACGAACCCGUGAAGGAACCAACUGAGUCGCAGAAGAAACGUCGUGAAGCCGCGCUCGAGAAAGAUAAAAGAGAGAAAAUCGAACAAGGAUUCUAUCAGGAGCACUCAGAUGAGGACGAUACCCUCGAACCAAUAAAGAGUCUUAAAGAGGAAAAAACUGACGAGAGCCAAUCAUCGAAA